AUGAUGUCGGAUGAACAAUUUAUUCAAACUCAAGACUACAAGUCAGUUUUGAAAAAGAUCAAAGAUAGUCCAUAUUAUAGAAAUGCUGCUCAGGGAGAUGAAGUAUUGAUGAGCAAAUUGGCUCUCGUUCUCUCCGAUAAACAAAAACUGAAGAAUUUCUAUUUGACUACUGAUUGGGCACAAACGGUCAUUAAUGCUAUUUCAACCUAUUCGGAAACUUCUCAAUCUACAGGGUUGGGAAUUUCAUCAACUUCUGGAGAGCCAUCGUCAGGUAAAAAGGGAAUUUUCGAUGGAAUUUCAUCAAAGAGCGAACAAGGUGAUAUUGCAAUUAAAGGUGUUACAACAGCACCAAUUGAUGUUACGGAAGAUGAUUCUGAUGAUGAAGAAUUGGAUGUGGAUUAUUUAAAUUCUCCAGAACAUUUAGAAAUUCAAAAAUCUCUCAUGAAUCAAGAUCGAUUGAGAGUUAAAAUUAUUGUUUCAGAAAUUUGUGAAAGCAAAGGAAAGAAGGCAUUCAGACAAAUUAUGAGUCCUUUACUUGCAAAAUCAAGCUUUUUACCAGAAUUGGGAAUGUUUCACUCGGCUAUUUUGAUUGGACCUUGGAAAUUUGAGUGGAUUGAUGCCAGUUUGUGUGUUCCUAAAAAGUUGGUAGCUUCUGCUGCCCUUGUUGCAUGUGAUUUAACAGAUGAACUUUCAGUUACUAAUUGUGGCAUUAAUGCUAUGGUUGAUAAUAUUGCAGAAGUAAUUAUCAAGUGGAAUACCACUAUGGAAUACAAGAAUAGAGGAGGAGAUGGAAAGAAGAGUGGAAAUUGUCAAGAUUUUGUGGACGAUAUUUUGGAUGCUAUUGGAGUGGAUAAGAAGGUUAUUUAUCAAGGAGCUAUGGGUGCUUAUUUCUCAAGAUUGAAGUUGAAAGGAAAGGGUGGUAUGAAAUUCUUCUUGGAAGAUGGUUUCCGUAAAAAGUUUAACAUUCCUUCAAAUCAAAAGCAUGUCAAAUUUACAAAUCACAUUCAAUUAGAUCAAUUUGUACAACAAUUAUAUGAUAUUGAUCCAUUAUUUGAUGAGAAUUACCCAAGUGAAUUCAAGUUGCUCAAGUCAUUUGAUCGUGCCUUUUGGUUAAGACAUUUGGCAAAGCCAUCCAUUUCCAAAUGGGAACCUCUCAGAGAAGAAACACAAGGAUUUGAUGGAGUUGAAUUCCAUUUGAAAUGUCCUUUUGGUGAUCCAAGAGAAAGUUACUCAUUCAGAGAAUCAUCUGAUUAACCUUGUAUAGUAAAAUUUGUAUUAUAUUC